UGAAAUACAAUGGAAAAAUUACUUUGAGUUCGCUUUAUAGCAUUGUAUUAAUUUAAACAUUUAUUUGUAACUAUAUGAAAAAAUAUUAUGAAUUUAAAGAUAUUUUAAUGAUCGUUAUUAGUCACUGGCUCUAUAAAGGGUUACAAGGUCAUCAUUGUCAACGUUUGAAUCGCUAGUGACACUACCCCUGAAAUAGUUCAAAUGAGUGGUUUGAAGCAGCCACUAGUCGGCAACGUCCAGCCUGAGCCACCGCUGCAGGAAGGCUGUCAAGCCGCAUCACUAGAUUGUGAAGAAGAAGAGGAAGGGGUAUGCGUCGGCUUGUCAGCCCCCUACAUCCAUCUCCAUCCAGGCAGGGCGGGUAGGCUGCCCUCGGUGGGCGAUGGCGGCGCCCACCGCUCCAUUGGACGACGGCUGGCCUAAUACGUGUGCAGAUCGGUCGCUGAAAGGAGCCGUGCCCGCCGCCGCAGAGAAGCUUCUCCUAAACGUUCUCGACGGUGGGGAUGACGAUGAUGAUGAAGAUGAUGGGGUACCUCGGGAUCUACCCAGAAGAACCGUCGCUCCAGCGCCCGCCGAGAACCUGAUGGGAGAUUUCGAAAGGACUUUGUCUUUGUGCUUUGGGGUAUGGAGUCCCACGGCGGCCAACAGCGAAGCUCUAACGAUGAUCACCGAGGACACGCUACUACAGACGGAUGAGAUCUGGAAUGCUUUAACCAAAAGCAAUGGGCAGAUGACGGAGAUGGAUUGGAAGCAUUCAAGAGCACGCUCCCUACUCAGGCCUGCAUUCAACCCGGAAGAGAACAUGAGUCAGUCGAAGGAGGUCGCUGCGGAUGUGUCUGAAGUCGAGGAGCUGCGGGAACAGCUGGACAUGCACUCCAUCAUCGUCUCAUGUCUCGGCGAGGAACCGCUCUUCACAGCUGAGCAGGUGAUUGAAGAGAUUGAGGAGAUGAUGCAGGACUCGUCUGACUUUGAAGCACAGCACAAUCCUUCACAGGCUGACCUGUCCAUGCUCUCUGUGGAUGUUCAGCGUCCCACAAGAAGUCCCAGCUACGAAGAACGAUUGCACAAAUUAAACGUGGUGGAGCUGAACGAGCAUCUAGAGGAGGCAGAUGGCGCUGUCAAGCGGCUCUCAGAAGAGCUGGUGCAGCACCUAGCUCUCAGGGAUGAGCUGGGCUUUGAGAAGGAGGUGAAGAACACGUUCAUCUCGGCGCUCAUCGAUGUGCAAAACCGACAGAAGGAGCACCGCGAGGCACUAAAGAAGAAAAAAAAGCUUAAAGCAGCGGCGAUGUCGCAGAGCCAAGCGGAGAAGUCACUUGGAUCUCGUUUCAGCAUGGAGGGGCUCUCCUCUGUGAUCCAAAACGGUUUUCGACAAACAUUCGGGACUGGAUGCAGUGAAAGACAGUAUUUGACCACCAUCAUACCCUAUGAGAAAAAAGGAAUCCCUCCUUCCAUUGAGGACCUCCAGAUCCUGAUCAAAAUCUUGCAUGCGAUGAGAGACGACAGCGACAAGGUCCCAGCACUCCUAACAGAUUACAUUCUCAAAGCUUUGGUGUGAGCGACAGCCGGGGAGUGCUUUGCCCAACGUAGCUGUGAGGAAUUGAGCUUGACACUUUGGAGAGGAUUCAUAUGAAGAUUUGUUUUUCCCCAAACCUAAAGCACAUUUAUUAAUUGAUUGCUUCAUUUCUGCAUGUUGUUUCUUUAAGAUUUGUCAUGUAAUUUGUUCACUUGUGUUUCUUGUAAUUUUCUGACUGUAUAAGUUUGGAUUUUUAACUUCUUCGAUUCAUUUUCUGUCAAAGAAAUCUGCCCGAGUCGCAAUGCCAGCUUGGUAGCUGCUCUGUUUGUGCGAUGCAAAGGGCUUUGCAUUAAUCCAAAGUGCUUACGACCUGCUGAGCAAUGAUCAUAUGUGCACAAAGCACAACGGGGCUUCCGGGCUAAUCUACACAGAGGUCAAGUCGUAUUAGAGACACAGCUGCUGCUACCUAUUAAACAGCACUGAGACUGCAAGAAAUAGGUGAAAGAUGUUCAUGCAUCAGCAGCAAAACAUCAGGGAUCAUAACACAUUAUAACUAAUUUAGCCAAGCUUCAUAUAUUUAAAAAGUGUUAUCAAUCAGUAUUCAUUUGACUAGAGAUUACAGCCACUGUGAAAGUUUGCACUGACUUAAAUUAACUUAAUUGACUGACUAUGCAUUUGAGUGAUAAGGAAUACUGUUGACUCAAGAACUGUCACGACUUCAGUGUACUGUACCAGACGCGUGAGUGUCAAAUGUGCCUGCUGUGCACCAAGCAGUAAACACUGCUGGACUUCUCAUUAUGGAUGUAUUGUGUACAUGCUGCCUUUUUAACUUUUGUACAUAAAGGUAAAGGAUGUAUUUUCAAUGAAUGUUUUGUUACUAGACUAUGUGGUAUUUGCUUCAUUGCUCAUUUAUUUGACAAAUGUUCCAUUUUAAAUAUAUUUAUAAGAGCACAUUGUUUUGUCUUUGUGAAUUUGUGUGAGUGUGGUAAAAGAAAGUUUAGUUUUUUCACAAAUUGAAUAAUUAUUUAGGUCUGGAAAAGAAUGAAAUUGGCUUCACAUCAAUUUAUAAAGUCAAAUUUAUUGAUAAAAAAUUUUCUAAACAUUUUAAAUUUUGAUUCUCCCUGGGAGCAGUAAGCUCGUCUUUUGGGCAUAUUUUUUACUGUCUUGCAACUAUUCGAGAUAAUGGAACUAUUUAACUGCUAUCAAUGCAAGGCAAAUUACAGCUACUGACCACUGAACACCAGUAACUCUGUGAAGGUGUUAUAUUUGAUGUCGCUUUUGCAUUAGAAAUCGUACAGCAUUGUGCAAAAGGUAAUGGCUGAAUGGUAUACAUCUCAAAAUAAAAAGUAUA